AUGGCAAGACCUACCCUUCAAUUGCUUCUCCUGGCCCUCUAUGUCUUGUACAUUUCGAGUACAGGUGAAUCCACAACCCUGGCAAAUAUUGUUAAGGCCCGCACUGCGUUGACGACAAGCUUAGCAACAGCUGGAUCCAUAAAAGCAAAUAUGUUGAAGCUAAAAACCCUUAAGGGACUUAAGGCCACAGAUUCCGAAGUCUUGAAGGAUUGCUUGGGUCAUGUUGAAGAAAGUGUGGACAAACUUAGCCAAUCAGUACGAGAGAUUAAGUUCUUGGGCCAAGUCAAGGGUGACAAGUUUGUUUUUCACAAGGGCAACGUGCAAACUUGGACUAGUGCUGCCUUAACUGAAAUAGAUGAUUGUGAGGAAGGAUUGUCAAGCAAAGCUAUAGAUAGUAAAAUUAAGGGCUCCAUACAAGGACAGGUCACUGAUGCUAAGAAACUUAUUAGUAAUGCACUAGCAACAAUUAACCAAUUGGCACAAUGA